UAAAAUGUCCUGGAUAGCAAAUAAUAUUCGCAAGGCAUUAAACUGCACAACCAAUCAGCCAUUCCUCCAGAAAUGGAUACAUAUUCCCGCAGCAAUUACCAACACACCAGUCAGUGCAGUGGGUUUGCGCCACCUUUCUUUCGAAGAGAAGCGUGCCAAAGGUCCCCUCAUACGCCGCUAUGGUUAUAAAGAGCGUCUACAUCAACGUGGUCUGCUACCUCACUGGGAUAAUGGACAGAAAUUGCCAAUGCCAGAUUAUCGACCGAAAAAUGCGUGGUCUGAAAAGCGUGCGCUUUUUGGCCAAAAUGAUUAUAUCGACAUACUAGGUUCUGAUCGUCUACAUCCAACACGAGUAUUAUAUUCAGUACCAUCAUGGUUGCGUGGUGUCUCCGGUAAUGAAUAUCAAGUGCUGCUCCGUAAACGUAAAAUGCUAUGCAAAACCAAGUAUCCCAUUGCGCGACCAACUAAGUGGAAACAAUUACAGAAGCGUAUACUUUAUUUGUAUCGGUUCCUCAAUCGCAAAACGAAGACCAGUUACUCCAAACAAUAGUGUAUAGCUUAUAAAAAUUGUGUUAAAUUGAAUAAGUCAAUAUUAUGGGAUUUGAAAAAUUUUAUUAAAAGUUUAAAAUGUGUUUUAAAUAAAAUCGAAUGAUUCAAUUUGAAAUCGAAA